GACAACCUCUGCUUCCUCCAAGAACACAGGAGUUCUAGAUCACACCAAGGUCACCAUGAAGUCACUCAGUGAAGCAAACACCCAGUUUGCUUUAGAUAUGUUCCGACAGUUUGGAAAAUCAAAGGAGGACAACAUCUUCUAUUCCCCUUUCAGCAUCACAUCAGCAUUUGGGAUGCUUCUAUUAGGGUGCAAAGAAAACACUGCACUACAAAUCGAGAAGGUCCUUCACUUCAAUCAACUCACAGAAAACGCAAAACAAAGAACUACCACAUAUCAUGAUGAAAAGCCAGGAAAUGUGCAUCACCAAUUUCAAGAGCUUUUGACUGAAUUACACAAACGCACUGAUGGGUACGAGCUGAAGAUUGCCAACAAGCUUUAUGGAGAAAAGACUUAUCAAUUCCUUGAGCAAUAUUUAGACAAUGUUAAGGAAUUUUACCUGGCCAGUGCGGAAUCUGUUGAUUUUCAAAAUGCUACAGAAGAAAGUGAAAAGAAGAUUAACACCUGGGUAGAAACUCAAACAAAUGGAAAAAUCAAAGACCUUAUUCCUAACAAGACUCUUGACAACAGUACCGUACUGGUUCUUGUGAAUGCAGUCUAUUUCAAAGGGCAGUGGGAGAAGAAAUUUAACAAAAAAAAUACAAAAGAGGGAGAAUUUUGGCUGAACAAGGGCACAAGCAAAUCUGUACAGAUGAUGAAUCAAAGAAAAUCCUUUAAUUUUGCCUUGCUGGAGGAUGUGCAGGCUAAAGUUCUGGAAAUACCAUACAAAGGCGAAGACCUAAGCAUGAUUGUGCUACUGCCAAAUGAAAUAGAUGGUCUGCAGAAGCUUGAAGAUAAACUCACUGCUGAGAAAUUGAUAGAAUGGACAAGCUCACAGAAUAUGAGCAAGAGAGAAGUGGAUCUAUACUUACCUCGGUUCAAGGUGGAAGAGAGCUACGACCUCAAGGACGUGUUGAUGGCCAUGGGGAUGGUGGACGUUUUCUCUAAACAUGAUGCUGACCUCUCAGGCAUGACUGGGAAUCGGAAUCUUGUAGUGAGUAAAGUCCUGCACAAGGCAUUUGUAGAGGUCACAGAGGAGGGAGCAGAGGCUGCUGCUGCCACUGGCAUUGUUAAUAUUAGAACAGCUACACGUUAUUCAAUUUACGAAGAGUUCCAUUGUAAUCACCCAUUCCUAUUCUUCAUCAAGCAAAAUAAGACCAACAACAUCCUCUUCUUUGGAAGAGUCUCUUCCCCUUAGAUGUGAUUGGCCUGUAAUUUUUAUAAGAUGUUCACAGAAUUGUUCCAGUAAACUGAUCGCUGGAAACAA